ACAAGAGAGAGAGAGAGAGAAAAACAAGACAAGACCACGGAACCAAGUCUACUUAACCAAAUCUUAAAACAGUAUCACAUUUUCUGUUAGGUAUUUCCUACACAUAUUGUAUGUUUUAAUAGCUUUUUUGUUUUUGACCUGUUUUACUGUUUGGGAAUAUUGUUGUAUUUGGUUAUUAUAAAGGGGCUCUUUUUUUUUUUUUUUUCUACAGUAUGGGGGGUGGUUUGCAAAUGAUCAUACAGGGGAGCAGAAGGAAUGAAACUAAAACUAAACAACAAAGAAAGAAAUAUAAUCAAAUCAAAAUAAUAUCAGAAAUUAAAUAAAACUAUACUAUAUUUUUAUAGAUAUUGUAAGUUUUAACAGCUUUUUUGUUCUGGACCUGUUUUAUCGUUUGAAAGUAUUGUUGGAUUACGAUAUUAUAUUGAUGAAUAUUUGGUUUAUUUUGAGCCAAAGUUAGUCGUUAGUUGAAAUUCAUAUUUGCUGAAUAUAAAAAAGGAAAAAUAGCGGGAGAAUGAGAGUUCACUUCGUCUUUUAUUUGAAUUUAUCCUACCAGUGUUUUUUUCAGUGCACAUACUGUCCAGAUGAUGGCACCAAAGAGCCUGUGUUCUCUGUCACGUCCUCUAUCAGUGAAUAAAGACUGUGUGCGCGGAGAGUCCAGUCAUCUUUUGGUUCAAGUGACUCAGAAGUGAAUAUGUCUGGUAGAGGAAAGGGAGGAAAAGGUCUGGGGAAAGGAGGCGCCAAGCGUCACCGUAAAGUUCUCCGUGAUAACAUCCAGGGCAUUACCAAGCCCGCUAUCCGCCGUCUGGCUCGUCGCGGCGGUGUCAAGCGUAUCUCCGGUCUGAUCUACGAGGAGACUCGCGGUGUGCUCAAGGUUUUCCUGGAGAACGUGAUCCGUGAUGCCGUCACGUACACCGAGCACGCCAAGAGGAAGACCGUGACCGCCAUGGACGUGGUGUACGCCCUGAAGAGACAGGGCCGCACUCUGUACGGCUUCGGAGGUUAAACUCUACUUCUCUUGGUGACUCACAACGGCUCUUUUCAGGGCCACACAACUCUUGUAAGAGCAUGUUCUAUUACUGUACUGGUCCUACAACUGUAAUACAACUUCCGUUAGACGUCUGUGGUACAGGCCGUACUUAAACGUGCAGAAGACUAGAAAAUUACGCUGGCUACGAAAAUUCUCAUGAGUACCCUUGAGCGUUGUUU